CGUACACUGAUUUCAAGGUAGCCAGUCGCACAUUGUUUGGCGCGAAUUAAGCUCGCGAGAUAAAGUCAGGUGCGUUUAAUUAGUAUUUCGUCAUUUCCUACGCAACCGUUUCAGUGCAUUAUCUGGAACCGUCCCGAUUUCGGCACAGCAACGUGCGCUCUCGGUUACCUUCGAAAAAUGAUUGCGCUGAGAACAAAAACCCCAUAGACAGUGUCGUGUAGUUGAGGAACAAUGACCGCAUCAGAAAGUGUGUCCAAAGCGCGAAAUGGGGGCUUGAGUAGAGAGCGGCUGAUCAACUUGAGUGAUCGGUUGCGAGUGGCCAAUCUGCACAAGAAGGAGCUCAACUUCAAACUGGUGGUAAUUGGGGACUUUGGAGUUGGAAAAACAUCCAUCAUCAACCGAUACACUGAUGGUGAGUUUUCUUCUUCGUAUAAAGUCACCAUAGGCGCCGACUUCGCGGUUAAAACCCUCGAAUGGGACGAGGAGACGAGAAUCAACUUGCAUUUAUGGGACAUAGCCGGCCACGAGCGAUUCGGGGCUUUAACCGGGAUUUUUUAUCGGCACUCGGUGGGCGCAGCUUUAGUUUUUGACCUAACUCGCCCGGAAACUUUUAAAUCGAUCAAAAAGUGGCUAAUCGAUUUGAGGAAGAAAGUGUCCUUACCAGGCGGGCUAGCGAUACCCACGAUUUUACUAGCCAACAAAGGAGACAUUACGACUGAAACCAUCCCGGCAGACAUCAACGAUUUCUGCCUGGAGAACAAUAUAAUGGCCUGGUUCAUCACUUCGGCCAAGAAUAACAUUCAAAUUGAUGAAGCUAUGCUGAAGUUAACAAACAACGCCCUAAGAAACCACCACAGUUUGCAAUUUCCCUUAAUAACGGACGAUGUUAUAAAGUUAGCAACCGAAAAUGGGCACGGGCCGCCCAAUGGGGAGCCCAACACCCGGCGUUUUUACUGCUGUGGCACCUAGCUGACAAACCGCAACCAGAUGAGGAAUCUCAACCGAAUAAUGCUACAAAUGUCUUCGAUACUCCCUUAACUAUAAUAAAUAAACUAUUCAACAAAA